ACACCUUCCUAGAGAGAGUGAGAAAGUUUACUCAAAACACAUCUCUAGGGUUAGGGUUUUCUGAUUUACCGAAAAAUCAUGUCUACCGAGAGGGUUACUGGGAAGGUCAAGUGGUUCAGUGAUCAGAAGGGGUUCGGUUUCAUCACCCCUGACGAUGGCGGCGAAGACGUCUUCGUGCAUCAAUCCUCGAUUCGAUCCGAGGGUUUUCGCAGCCUUGGGGAGGGCGAGGAGGUUGAGUUCGUUAUCGAAUCUGAUGGGUCCCGCACUAAGGCGGCUGAUGUGAGUGGCCCUGAUGGAGCCCCUGUUCAAGGUGGAGGUGGAAGUGGCGGCGGUCGCGGAGGGGGUGGCCGUGGUGGAGGCCGUGGAGGCUAUGGAGGUGGCGGCUACGGUGGUGGUGGUGGUGGUUAUGGAGGUGGCGGCUACGGUAGUGGUGGUGGUGGUUAUGGAGGUGGAAGAGGAAGGAGUGGUGGUGGUGGUUAUGGAGGCGGCGGCGGCGGUGGUUAUGGAGGCGGCGGUGCUUGUUACAACUGUGGGCAGACUGGGCAUCUGGCUAGGGAUUGUCAAAAUGGUGGCGGCGGUGGUGGGGGAGGCAGGUAUGGAGGCGGCGGUGGAGGUGGUGGUAUGAACUGCUUUAACUGUGGUGGGUCUGGACACUUUGCAAGGGAGUGCCCUAAUGGUGGCCGUUGAGUUUGGUCUAACCGUUAUAAUUAAUCCUUUACGUAAUAUUCUAGCUUUUUAGCCAUUAAUUUAGGUUCUGUUUUUGUUUGGUUUUUGUUUCGAUGACACAGGUGAUAAUAUCGUUUUUUUUUGUUUUCUUUGAAGUUUGGUUAUUGUUGGUUGGGUUUUUUAUUCAGAUCUCUGAUGUUUUGAUGGGUUAUGGUAGCUGUUUAUGUUUUCUGGGUUUUAGUUCUAAGAUCAAAAUCAGUGUUGUGAGGAAGAAGAAGAAGGGCAGGAGAGAGAAUGAGAAAUGGGAAAGUCGAAAUCGAGGUUAACUCUCACUGUUUGUACAAAAUAUGUAUCUAAACAAACUGGUUUGGUUCAAUCUUAUGUGUUUAUUUUGUUGAUUUUGAAAUGUCAAGUUUUGAUAAGAAGGAACAACAAGUGACCUUUAAAAUUUAGUCUGUUUGGCGAAAAAUAGCCUUGAGACUUGGUCGUUGAAGUGACGGAUUUGGGUUUUUAAUGCCUGGGUUUCUUUUUCCCUUUUGUUUGAACGUUAGAGGCGUUUUUCUGAUGUGAACUGGCGUCUCUUUCUUUGUAUUGAGAAGGCAUAAAUUAUUGGCAUAUAAAAGCACAUGAAUUAUGACUA